AUCUAUCUACUUCUAAUUUUAAUCAUCUCAUCUCAUAAUGGGGGCUUCCUUCAGACCCGUUUCAUUCCUUUUCCUUUUCCUUGCCUUUCUCUUUCUUCCUAACUUCUUCUUCUUCUUCUGCACUGGACUUUCUGAGCUUCGUUGCAUCGAUACCGAGCGACUGGCUCUUCUCAACUUCAAGCAACAUCUUAUUGAUCAUUCAAACCGGCUCUCCUCUUGGACUGCCCAUGGGGAUUGUUGUCUAUGGGAGGGUGUUGUCUGCCACAACCACACUGCUCAUGUCCAUGAACUCCAUCUCAGAACCUCUUAUCCUGAAGGUGAUUUUUCCACUGAUGAACAAUAUGAAGCCUAUGAGCAAUCAAAGUUUGGUGGAUUUGUGGGACUCAUACCUCAUCAACUUGGAAAUCUCUCCAAUUUGCUCUAUCUCAAUCUCGAACAAGGUUAUAGUCUUUUUCCUGGUUUAUAUGUGAAUAACCUUGAAUGGCUUUCUGGUCUUCCUUUGCUGCAACAUCUCGAUAUGAGUUUUGUAAAUCUUAGCAAAGCCUCUGAUUGGCUACAACUCACAAACACACUCCCUUCCUUGAUUGACUUGCGGUUGUCAUAUUGCAAUCUUGGUUCCAUUCCACCGACAUCCAGUGUUAACUUCUCAUCUCUCCUUACCCUCGAUCUUUCAGAGAACUAUUUUGAAAACACUUUGAUCCCAUCAUGGAUCUUUGGUCUUCAUAAUCUUGUUUCUCUUCAUCUAUCUUACAAUAACUUUCAUGGUCUAAUCCCUGUUGAUCUCCAAAACAUGACUUCUCUUAGUCACCUCGAUCUAUCUGUAAACUAUUUCAACUCUUCAAUUCCCAAUUGGUUGUAUAGUUUUAAUCGUCUUGAGUUUCUCAACCUUGCCAACAAUUAUUUGCAGGGGACAAUUUCCAAUGCCAUUGGAAACCUAACAUCUGCCAUUAGUAUUGACUUGUCAUACAAUGAACUUGGAGGAAAGUUGCCAAGAUCGUUGGGUAAUCUCUGUAACUUAAGGGAAAUCAGAUUGUCAUCCAACAAAUGGAGUCAAGAGAUAUCUGAAAUCUUAGAAAGUUUAUCAGGGUGUCUUUCAGAUAGACUAGAGAUCUUAGACUUAAGCACUUCUCAUCUUCAUGGUCAUUUGACGGAUGAACUUGGGGUAUUUAAAAAUCUAGUCAAACUUUUUUUUGAGGAUAAUUCAAUCUCAGGUCCAAUUCCAGUGUCUUUAGGAAAUCUUUCAUCUUUGACAUACCUGGAUUUUUGGAAGAAUUCAAUUUCGGGUCCAUUUCCAGUGUCUUUUGGAAAUCUUCAAUCUUUGAUAUACUUGGAUCUUUCCUCUAAUCAAUUCAAUGGAACUCUCCCUCAAAGUGUUGGACAGCUUUCCAAACUUGAGACUUUAUUUAUUGAUUCUAAUAUGUUGAAAGGUGUUGUGUCCGAAGUUCAUUUUUCCAAUUUAACCAGUUUGAGGACGCUUUCUGCAGGAGGAAACCAACUGAUUUUAAAAGUAAGUCAAAAUUGGAUUCCUCCUUUUCAGCUUGAAUCUUUAUACUUGCCAUUAUGGAAUAUAGGGCCAAAAUUUCCCCAAUGGCUUUGUUCACAAAGGCGUAUUCUGUCUUUAGACAUUUCUUACACACAGAUUUCAGAUACAGCUCCUCCAUCAUUUUGGAACUUGUCUUCACAAUUCCAAUAUCUAAAUCUCUCCCACAAUCUAAUCAAUGGAGAAAUUCCAAACAGUCCCAUGAUUUUGUCUGCUUCAGUGAUUGAUUUAAGUUCAAACAAUUUCGAAGGUCCGUUACCUUCUAUAUCCUCUAAUGUGUAUGUGCUAGAUCUUUCUAACAAUUCAUUCUCCAGAUCUAUUUCUCACUUUUUUUGUUUUAGAGUGAAUGAGACAAAAAACAUAGGAUAUCUCAAUCUUGAAAAAAAUCUUUUAUCGGGAAUGAUACCCGAUUGUUUGAUGAAUUGGAUCAACUUGGUGGUCUUGAAUUUGGGGAACAACAAUUUCAGUGGCAGUAUUCCAGCAUCCAUAGGAUCUUUGACUAUCCUUCAUUCUUUACACCUAUACAACAACACAUUCUCUGGAAAAUUACCAUCAUCUUUGAAAAAUUGUGAAGAGUUGGUAAUUAUAGAUGUUGCUGAAAAUAGGUUUGUUGGAAACAUACCUUCAUGGAUUGGGCAUAGAUGUACAAGCUUGAUGGUUCUUAGCCUUCGCUCAAACUAUUUCCAUGGUUACAUACCAAAAGAACUAUGUGCUCUAACUUCACUCCAAAUAUUAGACCUUUCACAUAAUAAGCUAUUUGGAAGCAUACCUAGAUGUGUUAAUAAUUUUAGAGCCAUGGCCACAAAUAAUAUUUCAAAUGACUUGAAUUCUUAUCGUAUUAUAUCUGGUUAUGGUCAAUAUCUUUCUCUUGAAAGUGCAUUGCUAGUGAUAAAGGGGAGCAUUCGAGAGUAUAACACCAUUCUCCAACUGGUAAAAAGUAUAGACUUUUCCAAGAACAAUUUAUCAGGAGAGAUCCCCAAAGAAGUGACCAAUCUUCAAGAAUUACAAUCAUUGAAUUUGUCAUGUAAUCUCUUGAAUGGAAGUAUACCUAUGAAUAUAGGUACUAUGGUACUAUUGGAAUCUGUUGAUUUCUCUAUGAACCAUCUUUCAGGUAAAAUUCCCUCAAGCAUGUCAAGUUUGACAUUUUUAAGUCAUUUGAACUUGUCAAACAACAAUUUGACGGGGAAAAUCCCUUUAAGCACUCAGCUACAAAGCCUCACUGCGUCAAGUUUUAUUGGAAAUAAUCUUUGUGGACCACCACUUAUGGAGAAUUGUACAGUAAAUGGUGUAAAACCCAACAGUGAAAACACUAGGAGUAAAGAUACUGAUGGAUUUGAAGUGGAUUGGUUCUAUAUGAGCAUGGCACUUGGAUUUGUGGUUGGGUUUUGGGGUGUAUGUAGUUCUUUACUAUUGUACAAGCCAUGGAGAAUAAUGUACUUUCAAUUCCUAGAUCAAGUAGGGUAUAAGCUUAAGAGCAUUGUUUCAUUGUAAGUAAAUGUUUUAAGAUUCUUAAUAGUAUGCAACUGUCAUUUGAUCAUGUUAAUCAAUAUUUUGAUGAUUUCUAUAGAA